AUGGCUAAAUACCUUGCCAUUCUCAGUCUUCUUCUGCAAACCACUACUGCAGACUGGCAAUAUCUCUCCCGACCAGACCUCUCACCCCCAAAACUCAACAUCACCGUUCCAUCUCAAUCCACUGAGCCAGGCUACAUUUUCAUCACAGCAAAUUCAGGCUUCACAGAUGAAAGUGUCGGCCCCGAACAACCAGCCGCAUACAUCUUCCACGAUAAUGGGGACCUAGUCUGGUCCAGCGUCGGCUAUCUCGGAGGAACCGUGGUUGAUUUCAGCCCGACCAUAGUAAACGGCAAGCCUGUGUUACGUGCUUUUCAGGGGUUACUAGACCCAUUCCAUGGACGCAUGUAUGGGGAUCAUGUUAUUCUUGAUGAGAAAUACCAGACGUUACAGGUUGUUCGCGCAGCAUCCCAUCAACUGGUCUCCGGGCAUGAGUUUGAGGUUGUGAAUGGGCGGACUGUGCUGGUUGAGGUGCCUGUUUCUGUUCCCUUUGACCUAUCCCCGUAUGGAGGCGUCAAAGGUCAGGAUUGGAUUCUUUCGCAUGGAUUCCAGGAGCUCGAUUUGGAGACUGGAGAGUUGUUGUUUGAGUGGUACAGCCUGGACCAUGUCAGUCCGGAUGGCAGUUCUCUGCCGUUGAAGACGAGUGGUUCUUUUAAUGCAUUCACAUCAACCAAUGCGUGGGAUUACUUUCAUCUCAACAGUAUCGAAAAGGACGAUGAGGGGAACUAUCUCAUCUCCGCACGCAACUACGCAGCUAUCUUCAAGAUAGACGGUGUCACUGGCGAUAUCCUCUGGCAGCUUGGAGGUCGUUUUGGAUCAAAUUUCAGCAUUCCUGAUAACGUGCACUUUGCCUUUCAGCACGAUGCAAGACUUCGAUAUCGUUCACCUGAUGGCUCUAUUGAACGCAUCUCCCUCUUCGAUAAUUCAGCUUCAUCGUCAGCUCGCAACAUCAGCGCUUUCUCACGCGCACGGCUCAUCGAGCUUAACCAUACAGCUGGUACAGCGAGCGAGUUACGCACCUAUCCAGCGCCUGACUCCCUUCUUGCGAAUUCACAAGGCAAUACGCAGUUCCUAGAUAGUGGGAAUAUAUUCGUGAACUGGGGGCAGGCAGGCGCUGUCACAGAGUUUGCGGAGAAUGGAACGGUGCUGUACCAUGCGUAUCUGGACUCAGAGCCACAUAGGAAUGUACACAGCUAUCGUGGAUUCCGAGCGAAUUGGACUGGAUUGGCGAGUGAGGAUACCGCGCUUGUUGCACUGAAAGCGGGUGAUCGUGUGUUGCUGUUUGUGUCGUGGAAUGGAGAUACAGAGGUUAGAUACUGGCGGUUUAAUCUGGAGAGAGAUGGUCAGAGGUUGUUGUUGGGAAGGACGGAGAGGACUGGGUUUGAGACGAGUUUUAAUGUUGGUGUUGGUGUGAACAGUGGGGAUUCUUUCUGGGCUGAGGCUAUUGAUGGGAAUGGGCGUGUUCUUGGAGAGAGUAAACCUGUUGGUGCUACUGAUGGUGGUCCGUAUGCUGCUCGACUACGCGAGUUGGGGUUUACUGAUCUAUACAAAGAGAGGAUGGAGUUGUAG